AUGUUGUACGGCGAACACGCUAAGGGAGGCAUCGAAUACAACCAUAUCCCAAAAACUGACUACACCACGACUGCGACAUACGCUGAUGAUACGGCGCUUCUGUCGGCUCAUAGCAACCCAGAAACGGCAUCAUCACAGCUGCAAAACCACCUGAUAGAAGUUGAGAGGUGGCUGAACCAUUGGAGAAUAAAAGCCAAUGAGAGCAAAUCGGUACAUGUAACGUUUACUCUUAGGAGAGAAACAUGUCCACCGGUAACGCUAAACUGCAAAGUUAUCCCUCAAGAAAAUAACGCAAAAUACUUGGGCAUGUACCUAGACAGGAAACUUACAUGGCAAAAACACAUUUGGACAAAGCGCAAACGACUAGAUGGAAAACUGCGGACACUGAACUGGUUACUGGGACGCAAAUCACAACUAAAUCCUAACAGCAAGAUGCUAGUGUACAAAACCACCAUAAAACCAAUCUGGACUUACGGGAUACAACUGUGGGGAACGUCCAGCAAUAGUAAUAUAGAUAUCUUGGAGAGAUUCCAGACCAAAGCUCUGAGAACAAUGUUUGGCAUCCCUCGUAGUAUAAGUAAUAGAUACAUAUACCUCGAGCUCGGCCUAAAAACAGUUCGACAGGAAGUAGCUCAAAACAGCCUGAAAUACCAGGAGAAGCUGACCGCCCAUGUAAACAAACUGGCACACGCUCUGAGCGGAGAAGGCGCUCUUCAGCAUACCCGGCUAAAAAGCCUACAUAAAAGAUUUACCACCUGA